GCUGAACUCUAAUUGGACAGUCCCCGGUGAGGUCACGCCCCCGGCUCUGCUCCUCCACCGCUCGUGCCUCUCCUUCCUCUCUCCAUCGCUCUCAUUUUACAACAGCAGCUCCUGUCAGCCUCCGUCUGUCUCUCCCUGCACGUAGCACCAACCCGUCAUCAUGACUCACGCGUAUCCCUUCCUGAGUACUGAGCAGAAGAAGGAGCUCAGUGAUAUCGCUCAGAGGAUUGUAGCUGCUGGAAAAGGCAUCCUGGCAGCUGAUGAAUCCACAGGCAGUAUGGCCAAGCGCUUCCAGAACAUCAACACCGAGAACACGGAGGAGAACAGGAGGUUGUACCGCCAGCUCCUCUUCACUGCCGACGAACAGGUCAACCCCUGCAUCGGCGGUGUCAUAUUCUUCCACGAGACGCUCUACCAGAAGACGGAUGACGGCAAGCUCUUCCCCCAGCUGGUCAAAGAGAAGGGCAUGGUGGUUGGCAUCAAGGUGGACAAGGGUGUGGUCCCUCUCGCUGGCACCAACGGAGAGACCACUACUCAAGGUCUGGAUGGGCUCUAUGAGCGCUGUGCUCAGUACAAGAAGGACGGUGCUGACUUUGCCAAGUGGCGAUGUGUGUUAAAAAUCACCUCCACCACCCCGUCCCAGCUGGCCAUCAUGGAGAACGCCAAUGUGCUGGCCCGCUACGCCAGCAUCUGCCAGAUGCAUGGCAUUGUGCCCAUCGUGGAGCCUGAGAUUCUCCCAGACGGUGACCACGACCUGCAGCAAUGCCAGUAUGUGACUGAGAAGGUGUUGGCAGCUGUCUACAAGGCGCUGUCUGAUCACCACGUCUAUUUGGAAGGCACGCUGCUCAAACCCAACAUGGUGACUGCUGGACACUCCUGCCCCAGAAAGUACAGCCCUCAGGAGAUUGCCAUGGCAACUGUUACUGCCCUGCGCCGCACCGUGCCCCCUGCGGUGCCAGGUGUUACCUUCCUGUCAGGCGGUCAGAGUGAGGAGGAGGCCACCAUCAACCUGAACGCCAUCAACCAGUGUCCCCUGCACCGGCCCUGGGCUCUCACCUUCUCCUUCGGCCGGGCUCUGCAGGCCUCGGCACUGAAGGCCUGGGGAGGCAAGAAGGAGAACGGCAAGGCCUGCCAGGACCAGUACAUCAAGAGAGCCCUGAGUAACAGCAAGGCAGCUCUGGGGAAGUAUGUGUCUUCAGGAGAGGGUGGAGCAGCAGCUCAGGACAGUCUGUUUGUGGCUGACCACGCCUACUGAAGCCUGCUUCUCCUCAGUGCUCUUCAUCCCCAUUCCACCCAGUCACUCCACAGCUUCCCAUCACUCCCAGCUGUGACAGGCUGUAACAGCCUGAAUCACACACGCUAACCAAUCAUUCAACAUUAUGUUAUUAGGGAUAAGAGUUCCUGCUCUAUAAUGCCUUAAAAUCUGACUUUGGACUUACAAAGUCAGUGUUACUGUAUGGCCACUCAGUGUGUUGUGUCACUUUAUUUUUUGUUUGCACACUUAAACCCCACAGAUAGAAAGAGGUCCCCUACUGAACUGCCCCUGGUUUAUACUUCCAUCUGUGGUUUCCAACAUUGUCAUAAUGAUCCUAAAGUAUGCGUGCUUUCAUUAUUCGACUGCUGGAGGGACACUUUGUAGAGGACGUUAUACUGAAAAUACAGUGUUAAUAAAGUGUAUGCACUGGAAAGAGAGAGAUUCAAAUUAAAAUAUUCCACGACUGAU